AUAACCGUAUGGAAAACCAACGCUGACUUGAGAAUCGCAAUAUAAUAGCGUUCUCAGGCCGUUGUCCCAUAAGAAAUACUUUUAUCGAGAUCUACUUCAGGAUCGUCGAGACCUUCCUUUAGAUCUUUAACCGCGAACGAUGCAUACUCUCCCCUUGUCUUUCGCGUUGUUGACGUACACCGGAUACUGGCGACCGGUCAACUUAACAUCCGCCAAGUAUUGGACGUACAUCAUUUAUUCUAUCGCGAUGAACUUUCUACUUUAUUCGUUCACGUUUUGCGGUUUGGUCGACUGCUUCAUGGUCGAGGAUUUCGAGAUGUUCAUCGAGAAAUUCUCGCUGUUCCUGUCGAUACUCGGCGUAAGUUGCAAAGUGACGAAUCUGACGCUUCGUCGGGACGAGAUUAUCGGACUCGCCGAUAUGCUGCUGAAGGAUAUCUGCGUACCCAGGGACGAUCGAGAAGCGGAUAUUCAGCGACGCUUCGAUCGCAGUGCGAAGAUAAUCACCAUAUUUUGCGAGAUAUUAAACGAGUCGACCACUUUCUUCGGUGCGAUCGCUCAAUUCCUAUACUUCAUCAACACUCGGACCUUACUUAUGUUCGAAUGGGUGCCCGCUUACUGGGCGACUAUGUUCCACCAGACCAUCGGGCUGAUGGUCUGCGCGAACGCCAGCGUCGCCCACGAGACUCUCAUCUCCGGUUUUAUGAUCCAGACCUGCGCCCAAUUGGAUAUACUCUGCCAUCGCUUUCGCACAUUGCCGGAUUCGUUGCGGGAGGCCCGGAAAUGCAGCACCUCGAAGGACGACUUCAAAGCGCGAGAACGGCGACUGAUCCGCGAACUCGUCCAUCAUCAUCGCCAUGUGUAUAGAUUUGCGGAACGCAUCAAUACGGUGUUCACACUUAUGAUUUUCUUACAAUUCACCGUAAGUUCGACAGUUCUCUGCCUCAGCAUCUAUAAAAUGUUGACGAAGGACUUGAUGAGCAUUGAUUUUGCGUGGAGCUCAACGUAUCUCGGUUGCAUGCUUAUGCAGAUUUAUUUGUAUUGCUGGUUCGGUAACGAAGUGACACUGAAGAGCACGGAAAUUGGAAGCGCGGUUUACGAGAUGGAUUGGCCAAUGCUUCCUACUGACUUAAUGAAGACUCUUUUGGUAAUAAUUACGCGAUCUAAGAGACCAAUCAAGAUAACCAGCGGAUACAUAGUUACCUUGUCCAACGAGUCAUUUAUGAAGAUUAUCAAAACAUCUUACUCAGCGUAUAACAUCUUGUAGGAGUCUUAGUGCAAGCGGAAGCAAUCAUCUUUUCGAUCUCUAUUCUAAAGAAACUAACUACAUAAUUAUUUUCACAUGAAUAAUACCACUUAACGUAUAAGCAUACUGCGGGGAUAUUGUGAGUCCGGUUCCAGAUCACCGCGAUAAUAAAGCGAAUCGCACGAAAUUUUCGGUUUUCUAGUUUUCAUGUAAAAGAUAUGUUAUCACUAUAUUGUAGUCUGUUAAGUGUGCAAUGAUAUUAUAUUUAAGAAGACUUAAUGUACAUAA